AUGGCCCUCCCCUCCUGCCUAGAGCAGGGACUGCGAGCUGCCCUUGAGAAACGCCGCCAUGAGGGUCAGUAUUGGGGUCUGCCAUUACAUAAUGAGCAGAAAAAUUGCAUCGACUUCAAUACCAAUGACAGCCUAUCUCUCGUAACUUCUGGUGCACUGCGCACAGAACUGCUCCAAGAACUAAGUAAAAAUCUUGACGCAAACAUUGGAUCUGGUGCCUGUCGACUGAAUGGUGGAUCAACCGACUAUAUGGUCGAUCUGGAGAAGAUGCUGGCAAAUGUUCACAAUACCGAGGAUGCUCUCAGCCAACUGGGCGAUGCGAUAGUAUACGAUAGUCUCGUUCAUGCAAGUGUCCAUGACGGGAUCAAGCAAUCCAGAGCAUCAAUUGCCAAAUAUUUUACCCAUAAUGACCUGUCCGACCUCGCCAAGCUCCUUGAUGCGGUCAAAAGCGUGUCUCCGAUCAUCCAGACCGGCAAACGGACGGUCUUCAUCGCAAUUGAGUCCUUCUAUAGCUUGGACGGGGAUAUGGCGCCCUUGGAUGCCUUUAUUCAAGUCGCCCAGAAGUCUCUGCCGCAGGGGAACUAUGUCUUCACAAUUGAUGAGGCGCACUCGAAUGGAGUGGUUGGGCUGAAUGGGGCCGGGUUCGUAUCUGCCUUAGGCUUGGAGAAGCAUUUUACCCUGCGACUCCAAACCUGUGGGAAAGCGCUGGGCUCGGUUGGUGCAAUCGUCCUCUGCAGCCCUCUUGUGAAAGAAAUGUUCAUCAACUAUGCAAGGAACUUCAUCUACACCACCGCUCCACCGCUCCUGAACCUGGUCACCGUCAAAUCGGCGUAUAAAAUACUGGCCAGUGCAGAUGGUCAACAGAGAAUAGAACGACUGCAGCAUAACAUCAGAUAUUUCUUUGAGACCCUACAUCAACACCCCGAUUGGCCAACUGUGGCGGAGUCCGGUCGUAUUCGCCUUCGUCUGGCUCUCAACUGGCAGAAGGCCCCAUUCUUGACGCCCAUUGUGCCGCUCAUCACCAAGCCGGAGCGCUGUCUUGCGUUGAAAGGCUUCCUGGAGCAACAAGGGUUUGCGACCAUUGCUUUGCAGCAUCCUAUUGUGUCUCGUUCGGGGGAGCGUGUGCGUGUGGUGAUUCAUGCUCACAAUACGCAAGCUGAGAUAAACUCUCUGGUGGAUGCUAUCAUGCAGUGGGGAAAAGAGGAGGAGACGUCCAUUUCCGGAUCUCGGAAACGUGCUGCUCAGCCUAUGCUAUAA